AUGCGAUUCAGAUGCAUCAUCUAUAACGUGAAGCUGUUUACGCAGAUAACUCAAGCAUUCGCUAAGCUGCUGGGCAAUGGACAUGCAAUAGUUAGGUUUACGCACGACGCGGUUUACGUAGGACAGAGCGGCGUAGACACGACCGUCAAAUCGUGGCUACAGCUCAACGUAAACACGCUAUUCAGCGAAUACAGGUGCGAGAGCAGCAACAACAACGAGGUACACAUUGAAGUCAGCAUGGAGCACCUCUUUAGAGCGAUCAAAUCAGCACACGAAUCCGAUAACGUUUUGCUCAGGCUUAUGAAGAAGGGCGCUAUACCUACGCUUAAUCUGUCUAUAAGUACAUUGAGCCACUACAAUAGUCGUUUCACUAUCGAGCAGGACGUGCCGUGCAGGCCACAGAAGCAGAUAUACGUCAAUGCCUUUGUCCGGCCAGAGACUCCCGAUAAAGAUGUCAGUUUGUCGCUCAUUGGAAGCACCGUGAUAGCGCUGAUGACGCACGUGCAGGUUACAAUACAAUUACCCAACAUGUCCAAGCUCAAGACUGUCCUCGAGAAACUGCGGAUACUGGACAACUUCGUCUCUAUUACAGCAGAUUGGAAGGGGGUGCUGGAAUUCAGCAUUCUCAACGACAACGUCGGUGUGAGGACGACAUUCCAAGGCCAGGAAACUCAGGCUAGGGAAGGCGCUACAGCCAAGGUCAUUGUCGAUAGCCGGCAGCUAAUAAAACUAUUUGGAGUCCCGGAGCUGGCGUCAAAGGCUUUUAUAGCUUUCUAUGGAUUCUUUGAGUCGUUCUACGGUGGCCCAAUCAAUAGCAGCGAACACCUCAUGAUGGCCCCAAAGAUCGAUCCAAAUGAGGUAAAGAUCAUCUACCUCCGUGCCGUUGGUGGUGAAGUUGGUGCAUCAUCCGCACUCGCACCAAAGAUUGGUCCACUCGGUCUUUCACCAAAGAAGAUUGGUGAAGAUAUCGCCAAGGCAUCCGGUGAUUGGAAGGGAUUGCGUGUUACCGUUCAACUCACCGUCCAAAACCGUCAAGCUCAAGUCGCUAUCGUUCCUUCAGCUUCCUCAUUGGUCAUUAGAGCUUUGAAGGAGCCACCACGUGACAGAAAGAAGGAGAAGAACGUCAAGCACUCUGGCUCAAUUCCAUUGGACGAGAUUAUCAACAUUGCUAGAACUUUGGCUUACAAAUCCCUCUCAAAGAACUUGGCAGGCACCGUCUUGCAAGUCUUGGGUACUUGCCAAUCUGUUGGUUGCACCGUCGACAGAAAGCAACCACACGACUUGAUCGAGGCUAUCAAGGAGGGUGAAGUUGAUAUUCCACUUGAGUAA